AUGGAUGAGGUGGAGUGGACGCAAAGACAACCCAAGGCUGAGGACCUAAGGGUUGGACUCAUUAGCUGGGCAGGAAAUUACCUAACUUUUGAGACAUACAAGGGUACAGUCACUGCUACUGCAAAGGGUUUGGGCCGGAGACAGACUUGGGAGGUCCUGGUGAGCAGUGAGCACGAGACCCAGGCUAUAGUACGACUCAGGAGCUUUCAGGGUCUCUACCUUCUGUGCGAGGCAAAUGGCUGUCUCUGCUACGGCCGGCCAAAGACCAGCCACCAUGGCUGCUUCCUGCUCCGUUUCCACCGCAAUGGUAAAUGGACCCUUCAGUGCAUCAUCAGUGGCCGUUAUCUGGAGUCUGAUGGCGAGGACGUGUUCUGCACCUCUCGUGUCCUGUCAGCUUACCACAUGUGGACGCCCCGACCGGCCCUGCAUGUCCACGUGAUCCUCUACAGCCCCCUCACCCGCUGCUAUGUGCGGGCUGACCCCACUGUAGGCCGCGUCUGGGUGGACGCGCCAGUCCCCUGCCUGGAGGAAUGUGGCUUCCUGUUGCAUUUCCAAGAUGGAUGCUACCACCUGGAGACCUCAACACACUGCUUUGUGUCUCACAUAGACCGGCUGGUCUCCCAGCCCUCAUCACAGACAGCUUUUCACAUGCAAGUACGGCCUGGAGGGCUCGUGGCGCUGAGUGAUGGAGAAGGAGGCAUGCUGUACCCCCAGGGGGCUCGUCUGCUCCUAGGCCUGGGCUCCAAUCCCCGAAGGGGUGAGGAGUGGUUCAUCCUCAGACAUUGUCCUACCUGGGUCAGCCUCAAGUCAAAGACUCGCAAGUUCCUCUCUGUUGUUUACGAUGUUGAGGUAUAUGCUGCCUCUGAGCACUUAACCCCGAUGUCCAUGUUCCAGUUUGAAUGUGACAGUGAGACCCCCACCUUGCAGCUUCGUUCAACAAAUGGCUGCUACCUAGCCCAGAGGCACCAUAGGACUGUGAUGGCAGAUGGUCACCCACUGGAGUCUGACACCUUCUUCCGUGUGCACUGGAAUUGUGGCAAGCUCAUCCUGCAGUCCCCCAAUGGCCGGUUCCUGGGGAUCACAGCUGGGGGUCUGCUGAUGGCCAACGCCAGCAUUCCAGGCCCCACUGAAGAAUUUGGGGUUCGGUUCACCAACCGCCCUUUCAUUGCCUUGCGUGGUCGGUAUGGAUAUGUGGGCACCUCGUCGGAGCAUGACCUCCUGCAGUGUAACAUGGACCACCCCGACUGCAUCCACCUGCUGCCCUGCCGCCAGGGCAUCUACCACUUCCAGGCACAGGGUGGAUCCUUCUGGUCAAUAACAUCCUUUGGCACCUUCCGUCCUUGGGGAAAGUUCGCCCUCAACUUUUGUAUAGAGCUUCAGGGGAGCAACUUGCUCACAGUACUCGCACCCAAUGGCUUCUACCUGCGAUCAGACCGAAGCGGCACGCUGUUGGCAGACAGCCAAGACAUUACCAAAGAGUGUAUUUGGGAGUUUUAG